AUUGUCAGACGUAGCAGUGCGGGCUUGAUCGUCGCCGACUUCGCACGUAAGGUACAAUCUAAUUUCUUCUGUCGCGAUAAACAGUAAUAAAGCUAUGUUCACUCUUUUCAUGAUCUCCAUAAAGUUGAAAAUACAAAAGAUAUGUUUGAUUUAAAAGCCAUGUGAUUCGUAAAUGGCGGAACUGUCAACGCGGCAUUUAUUGCUUUAAACAAAUGGAUGCUACAAUGUUGACGAAAGGGGCGCAGAGCCGUGUAGACGGGGUGGUUGUCCCAAAAAUCAAUGACUGAAUAUCAGGAGGAGGACGAGAGUUGAAAAUGGCUAAUGAAACCGACCUCUAUUGUGUGCCGGGAGCCACAAAUUUCAAUAAAGCAUAUAGGCGUCUUCACGGGUAUAUAGCCAUCGUUAUAUGCAUCGUCGGUUCCGCUACAAAUUCUAUCAACAUUACAGUUCUGAGUAGACGGGAAAUGGUUAGCCCUACAAAUUCGAUUCUUACCGGCCUGGCAGUGGCUGACCUCUUAGUUAUGUUGGAAUACAUACCAUACGUAUUGCACAUGAAUAUUAAAAUUGGACCGCAAGUGAAUAAAAACACAUAUGCUUGGGCUGUGUUUGUUUAUUUUCAUUCGAUAUUCAGUCAAACAUUUCACACGAUAUCAAUUUGGUUGGCCGUGACACUUGCAGUGUGGAGAUACAUUGCCAUAGCAUUUCCCCAAAAAAAUAGAACGUGGUGCAGUAAGCGAAACACUGCACUAGCUAUAGUGAGUGCUUAUAUCAUGUGCCCUUUUCUGUGUCUUCCUAUUUAUUUCGCAAUGAACAUAGUGCCUAGUGAAGUGACGCCACAGAAUAAUUCAGAGUUCGCACAGGACUUAUCUUUGCCACAAAAUCGGACCGUUUACGUGUUAGAAAUGUCAAAGAAUAAAGAACUCGUGACUGCUAUCAUGUGGAUUUAUAGUGUCAUAUUGAAACUUGUUCCGAGUAUAGCGUUGUCGAUACUUAGUACGUGUUUGAUAUCAAAGUUAACCACCACAGAAAGGAGAAGACAGAAGUUGCUGAAGCGUUCUACUGUUGGACCCAACGAGCCCGAAAAACAAUGUCUUGCUGAAGACUCAGGGGCAGCACGCAGAUCGAGCAGGACUGACAGAACUACGAGAAUGCUGUUAGCUGUUCUUGGUCUUUUUUUGUCUACCGAAGUGCCCCAAGGAUUGCUGGGGCUAGCGAGCGCGUUAGCACCAGAUUUCUUUAAAAGCUGUUACAGCAUGUUCGGUGAUUUAAUGGACGUUCUGGCGCUUUUCACGUCUUCAGUGAAUUUCGUGCUAUACUGCAGUAUGAGCCGGCAAUUCAGAUGUACCUUUGCGAGGCUGGCGCGGCGUAUGCUAUCUGGCACUGAAGAAUCUACGAAAUUCGUUGCCAAACAAGAGCCAACCACACAGGUCACCGGUCCCCUAUAGCGACAGAUCCCCGCCCUCGUCAGGGUGGUGGAGGAGAGUAUUAUAUAAUUUUACAGGUUCCGGUAUCGAAAGGAAUUUAUGAUUUCAUCUAAAAUUACUAUAGCUUAGAAUCUGUUACAUAUCUAGAUUAUAAAAGGUAAUUUGUAUACUUAAAUUAUACAUAAAUUAAAUUUAUGGUAUAUAUAGAAUAGUAUACUUGUACAUAAAUGCGUAUGUAUAAUGUUCUUAAAAUUAGUAAUUACUUAUUUGUAAUUUUUGUAUCUAGAAAUAAGUUCACAUAUUAGUUUUUGCGUCUAUUGAGCCAUGACGCAAGAACUAAUUGUAUUUAUGGCUUAUUUAUCGAGUCUUAGGAUAAGUUACAUUGUAUGUUUUAAAUUUUGUGUAUUUUAGGGUCCAAAUAAAUUCGUAGUACCUACCUAUUUUGUAGAGAAAUAUUAACGUACAUAAAAUAAAUUUGGUAUGAAGUAAGAGCCCUUAGUCAAUUUUUAUCUUUAAAUCAUAAUUUUUAUACUUACUAAUUGUAAGUAAUAUAAGUAUUUAAAAAAUGUAUCUACAUUCUUUGUGCAUAGAUUUUACAUUUUAAUACCUAAUCGUUAAUGGACAAAUAAGGCUUUUGUCGAUUCACUUUCUGUCA